AUGAUCAUCAAGUCCGUCUCCGUUCUCGCCCUCGGCGCGAUACUAGGAGUUGCAUGCAACGUGGGCACAAACACGACGUGUGUACUGGAUGUUAACCCGCUGCACCAGCCUUAUCCCUAUUUCUUUCCACCUCAAGAUGCAGCGGAAACAACCGCUUUGUUCCCCAUGCCGAUAUGCUUAGGCAUUCAACUUGAAGAAGCUACGAUCGAUCAAUUGCAAAGGUACCUGGAAGAUCGCACCCUAACGUCCGUUCAGCUCUUGAAGUGCUACUUGGACAGAGUUUACCAAGUGGACGAAUACAUCAACUCUAUCAUCGAGCUGAAUCCGGAUGCGGAGAGUAUAGCAGCUGCUCUUGACGCCGAGCGCGCGGCGGGUCGAGUGAGAGGACCAUUACAUGGUGUACCAUUCAUCAUCAAAGAUAACAUCGCGACAAAAGACCGGAUGGAGACUACAGCGGGAAGUUGGAUGUUGAUGGGGAGUGUGGUACCUCGCGACGCGCAUGUCGUUGCUAAGCUGCGAGAAGCUGGGGCGCUUUUGAUGGGCAAAGCGACCCUGUCCGAAUGGGCCGACAUGCGGUCGAACAAUUACUCGGAAGGCUAUUCACCAAGAGGCGGCCAGGCGCGAAGUACUGAAACAGACGGCAGUGUCAUUAAUCCAGCAGAGCGCAACGCUUUAGUCGGCAUAAAGCCUACGGUUGGGCUCACAUCACGAGCUGGCGUGAUCCCUGAGAGCAUCCACCAGGACACUGUAGGCACAUUUGGGAGGACGCUUCGCGACGCUGCCUAUGCAUUUGACGCCAUCUACGGAGUUGAUGCACGCGACAACUACACGCUUGCACAGCAAGGCAAGACUCCAGAUGGAGGCUAUCUGCAGUUUCUGACAGAUCGCUCUUCGCUACGUAAUGCAACCUUUGGUUUACCCUGGAGCAGUUUCUGGGUGUAUGCUGAUGAGGAACAAAAAUUUCAACUACUGUCCAUCAUUACACUGAUCGAAGGUGCCGGUGGUACAGUCAUCAACAACACCGAACUGCCCAAUUACAAAACAAUUGUAUCGCCGGAUGGCUGGGAUUGGGAUUAUGGAAGUACUCGCGGUUAUGCGAACGAGUCUGAGUACACCGUCGUGAAGGUCGACUUCUACAACAACAUCAAACAAUAUCUCUCUGAGCUCGAAAACACCAACAUCCGCAGCUUGGAAGACAUUGUAGCUUACAACUACGCGAAUGACGGUACUGAGGGAGGGAACCCCUGGCCGCUGGGCAUCCCUGGAUUUUAUUCUGGCCAAGAUGGGUUUCUUGCUUCCCUGGAGUCCAAAGGCUUGAUGAACGAAACAUACUAUCAAGCACUUGCGUUUACGCAACGCAGUACUCGUGAAGAGGGUAUCGAUGCUGCGCUCGCAAACAACGGCCGCCCGCUUGAUGCACUGCUUGUACCUCCGGAUGUUGGUCAAACCUACCAAAUCGCUGCGCAAGCUGGCUACCCGAUGAUCACUCUGCCAGCUGGUGUACACUCGAGUACUGGUAUGCCGUUUGGGCUGGCGUUGAUGGGAACGGCUUGGAGCGAAGCGAGCCUGCUGAAGUGGGCGAGCGCGAUCGAGGAUGUUCAGCUAAGCACAGGCAACGCUUUAAGAAGAACGUUGCCAAGAUGGUAUGGGUAUCUGGAAAGGAACAUACCAAUUAGAAAUCUGUGA